AUGAAAGCAAGAAAUAUACAAGUUUUUGUAGUUCUUUGUAUUUUGAUUAAUGCUUCAUACUCAUUAGAAGCUACAACCUAUAUGUACAUCCUAGCAUAAGAAUGGGUUGGAUCUGUAUGCAAUGUUGAACCUAGCUGUCCAUAUAUGGGAAAAUAUGAUGGACAACGCUGGAAUAUACAUGGUUUAUGGCCUAAUACUUAACUAACCUCAUCUUGUGGAUCAAUCCAAUAUUGUAGAACAGAUCCAUAUGAUUCAUCUAAAAUAUAAUAAAAUACUAAAGAUGUAUUGAAUUUGGUUUGGAAUGGCUUAUAUUCAGACACCGAAGCUUUUAGAGGAUAUGAAUGGGAAAAACAUGGUACCUGCUACCCAGGGGAAGUCUCAUAGAAUUAUUUCUUUUAGACAGCAGCAGGAUUAGCAUAAAAAUACAACUAUUAUUCGAUUUUGGCUAAAUCUGAAAUUUAUCCUGAUGAUAGUAGACCAUUAGUUGAAUCUGAUAUAAGAAAUGCCUUUGCAGCAGUAUUAGGUUCAAGUGCUAAGAUUACUUUCUCUUGUUUCAAACAUUAAGUGACAGGGAAAUUCUUUUUAGGAUAACUAAAAGUUUGUUUUGAUGAGUAAUUAUAAAUUCGAACUUGUAAUUGCAAAUUGAACGGAGAAGAUGAGGAGAUAGAGGAAAAAGAGAAUUACUCUUAGUUUUCUGCUUAGCCAUUGGUUUCCUGUGGUUCUGUAUUCUACUAUCCAGAGUUGUGA